UCGCCGGACACCGCAUCGCUCAGCGCCGCAUCCGUACGGAAGAGCUGACGGAGCGCUCGGGCGUCGGCGAGACUUGGCACGCCGACGUGAUGGGGGGUCGCUAAGUCCUGCAGGGGUGCUGGUUGACGAUGCUUGGCAAUCCGGCGUCGACGUCCAGCGUGUGGGGACAUCACGCCCGGAUUCGCAGGUCACGUGCCCAUCCUAUCGAUAUCCCUUCAAACAUCAGCAUACGCCGACGAGAUUACGCCGCUACACCGCCUCAAAUGUUAGGAGGGCCGAGAUGCGACAUGGACGGAGGACAAUAUCAGGCUGGCACAGCCCGUCGACAGCAUGGUCGCGGCAAGCCGACGGCCCAUGCGAAAGUGUGGCGCUGCCUCAUGAGUGACUGCUCACGGUUCACGGCUCACGUCAUGCCCCUCCCCCUCCGAAGACGCCGUCUGCGUCCAAGCACAUCACCGGCCUACCCAUCCUCCCCACCUCGUUCACAAACGAUACAAAAUACAUCGCAGCGCACACACAGAGUCCAUUGGAAUGUGGAGGGAGGGUUGCUGUCGGGGAUUGGGUGUGGCGCGGCAGGGCCUCGGGGGCCCAUUGGGGCCCGACCAAUGCUUGAUCCAGGCCGAUUUCGGGGGUCGCGAAGCCUUCUCGAAGGAGUGUGCGCGGGCUAGGGGCGUGGGGGAGCGCUGCUGCUUCUGGGACGUGGACAGAGGGACGUGGCAG